AUGGGAGACUGCGUCGAUGGAUUGAAGAUAAAAAGAACUCAGGACAGUCAUAAUGAUGAUGAGAUAUGCGAAGGUUGCAUGAUGGGCAAGUCAACUGUCAAGACCUUCCCAAAGUCAAUUCACGGGAUGGUGAAAACUAAGGAAGAAUUGGAGAUCAUCCACAGUGAUGUCAUGGCACUCAUGGAGACGAAGUAUCAAGGAGGGUCAAGAUUCGUUGUAACAUUUAUCGACGACUUCUCCAGAGAUAUAGUCGCAUACUAUAUAUCGAACAAGUCCGAAGUGAUUGAUCGUUUUGUCGAACACAAGGCACUGAUGGAGAAUCAAUUGUGA